AUGGCUGAAUACUGGAAGUCAACGCCACGGUACUGGUGCAAGCACUGCUCCAUGUACGUGCGCGACACGAAGCUCGAGCGCACCAACCACGAGGCGACGGGAAAACACCGAGGCGCCGUGGAGCGCGCCCUCCGCGACCUGCACCGGGGCCACGAGAAGCAAGAGAGGGAGAAGGAGAGGGCGCGGCGGGAGAUUGAGCGGCUGAACGGCGUCGUGGCGGGAGGGGACGGGGACAAUAAACACAAGAAUGGCAGAAGUGGAGCGCCGGGACGAGCGCCGCCGCCGGAGGCAUCGUCAUCUUCUUUGAGCAGGGAGCAGCGACAAGCGCAGCUGGAGCAGCUUGCCGGGAUGGGCGUCAACAUACCCGACGAGCUGAGGGGUCAAAUGGCGAUGGCGGGCGAGUGGACCGUCACCAAGACGAGGAUAAUCGACGACGGUGAAGGGAACGAGAGCGUGGCGCGCGGGGUGAGGAAGAGGGAGCUGGAGAAGACGGAGGAGGAGAAGGAGGAGGAGAAUGCCGUCAACGGCCUGUUCAAGAAGCCGAGGAGGUGGGGCAUGGACACGAGGAUCGCGGGCGGGGAUGACGAAGGCGAGCUGGAUGCGCUGCUGAGCGGCUCGAGUUUUGUGGUAAAGGGGGAGAAGAAGGAGGAGGAUGAGGAGGAGGACGCUACGAAACCACGAGUGAAGGCUGAAGAUGCGGAGAAAGGACCUGAAAUGGAGGGAGCGCCACAAGAAGAAAAGUCUAAUGUCAUCAAGGAGGAGGACGUUGUCAAGAAAGAGCCCACGGAUGAUGCAUCCGCUCCACAUACAGUGGCUGAGCCUGCAGCCCCGGCAGUGGUUUUCAAGAAGAGGAAGCCGAAGAAUAUUCGACAAAAAUAA